AGUUUGAGAAGAGAGACAGCAGGGAAAUGAGAUGGGGCUGGCCCAGAUCCCAGUGAAGUGGCUUCCACAUGGCUGAACAGAGCUCCAAGCAGGAACUCACAAAGCAGGGCUUUGAUGGUGGCCCCGCAGGCUGGGCCUCUCCCCUCUCCCUCAGGGUGCUUCGCUUGGUUCAUUCUGGGCCUCCUGUGAGCCUGACUGAAUGGGAAACGGUGGGCCUGAGAAGUUCCUUGUGACAAACUAAUCCCUGCUUGCUGACUUGACCACACCCCCAAAGGAAGCAGCCUCCAGCACUCCAGAACAAUUCAGGCACCUAGUAGCCCCAAGAAAGAGCUGUCAGGGACGAUCAAGACUCGGGUGAAAUCGCACAACUUGCAAGUGUGAGAGACAGGAUUGGAAUCCAGGUCCCACAUCCUGUGGCCCCAAGCUGCUCCUUGGUGCCUACAGAAGUCACAGCUUAGUCCUGACUUCCUAGGCUGCUGGGGACAGGCCACCUGGAGAGGCCAAGGCAGAGCAAAGAGGUUCUUUCUUUCCCCUCAGUGUCUUCAAGAGGCAGAAUGUCAGAGGGGGUGGGCACAUUCCGAAUGGUCCCUGAAGAGGAGCAGGAGCUCCGGGCACAGAUGGAACAGCUCACAACCAAGGACCAUGGUCCUGUCUUUGGCCCAUGCAGUCAGCUGCCCCGCCACACUUUGCAGAAGGCCAAGGAUGAGCUGAAUGAAAAGGAGGAGACCCGGGAGGAGGCGGUGAGGGAGCUACAGGAGCUGGUACAGGCACAGGCAGCUUCUGGGGAGGAGUUGGCCCUGGCAGUGGCCGAGAGGGUGCAGGCAAGAGACAGCGCCUUCCUCCUGCGCUUCAUCCGUGCCCGCAAGUUCGACGUGGGUCGCGCUUAUGAGCUGCUCAAAGGCUACGUGAACUUCCGGCUCCAGUACCCCGAACUCUUCAAUAGCCUAUCCAUGGAGGCUCUCCGCUGCACUAUCGAGGCCGGUUACCCUGGUGUCCUUUCCAGUCGGGACAAGUAUGGCCGAGUGGUUAUGCUCUUCAACAUUGAAAACUGGCACUGUGAAGAAGUCACCUUUGAUGAGAUCUUACAGGCGUAUUGCUUCAUUUUGGAGAAACUGCUGGAGAAUGAGGAAACCCAAAUCAAUGGCUUCUGUAUUGUUGAGAACUUCAAGGGCUUCACCAUGCAGCAGGCAGCCGGGCUCCGCCCCUCCGAUCUCAAGAAGAUGGUGGACAUGCUCCAGGAUUCAUUCCCAGCCAGGUUCAAAGCUAUCCACUUCAUCCACCAGCCAUGGUACUUCACUACCACCUAUAAUGUGGUCAAGCCCUUCUUGAAGAACAAGCUGCUACAGAGGGUCUUUGUUCAUGGAGAUGACCUGGAUGGCUUUUUCCAGGAGAUUGAUGAGAACAUCUUGCCUGCUGACUUUGGGGGCACACUGCCCAAGUAUGAUGGCAAAGUUGUUGCUGAGCAGCUCUUUGGUCCCCGGGUUGAAGUUGAGAACACAGCCUUAUGAGGCAAUGCCCUGCCAUGUGAUCUGUUGAUCCGUAUUAGUACCCCAGCCCUUCCUCAGCUUUCCGGAACUCAAGUCUGGGAACUGGAAUGCCUGAAGUGACUGGUUUCCCAGACUUCCCUAGGUUUAGGACCACUCUAGUGGCACCUCAUCCCAAACUGACCUAGAGGGCAGUGAGAGGCGGAGAUUUGUGGGGGCAGUUAAAGUCCCACCUGCCUCUGCAGUUACAGGGCAGUGACUUUGAGAGAAGUUGGAUUUCAAAGACUAGUUAGGCUUCUCCACGAUUUCCUUUGUAAUCUCUUUGAUAGUUAGGGUGUAGAAGGCCGAGUUAAAAACUUACUUGCAAUUCAGUAAGAAGAAGAAAAGAGAGGGGCUUGAAGCUCUAAUGAUCUUAGAAGGCAGAUAAGAGGUUUCCCACGCAGGACUCCAGGGAGGGAGCAGCAACCUUUGCACAGUUGCAUUUGGGGCUGACCUGCUGAUGAAUGCCCUGGUAGCUAAGAGCUCUGGACUCUGCCCAGGGUCUGAGGUCAUGUCCCUUCCUCUCCGUCCAUCUUAGGUGUGAUCCUUGGGGCUGGAGCUCCCAUUCAGUACAUGCGGUUUGCUUUUUGGGUGGUUUUACUUAAAUGUACCUUUGACAUCUUCCUGGAACACUCUCAGUCCUUAUUAGUCAAAUAAAACUGUUCUUUGUCUUGUG